CGUCAGCGGGACUGGAUCGUCCCCUUGAGCUCGACCCUCACAGUAACUCAUUUGUCGGAGGAAAUCACUUCCACUCGUGUUCCCCCCCCGCCCGAAUCCAUCCCGUUUUCCCCUCGCAGUGUAGAGACUUUCAGUCCUCAGCUCGUCAUGGCAUUUGUGGGCUGGAGACUCGAAGAGAGCAGGACAGGCUAAGCAGGCACAUCAGCUCUGGACUUGAUCAGUGUGUGUGUUAACUACGAGAACAUCGAGAUUUACGAUGAGGCUGUGCGUCACGUUAGUUAGGCCGCAGCUGAACUGUGCGCAUUUUUGGUCGCUGUGCGGUAGGAAAGAUGUGAUUGUGCUGCAGAGCGCGUAGAGGAAGUUUCACCAGGAUCAAAAACGGCUGUUGCUGGGAAAACUCAGCAGAUUCCUUGAUCCGUGCAACUAGAGGAAGGAAGAUUUAUAGUGAAUUGGCCUGUAAAAGAUACUGCAUCUUAUUAAAAUUCUAUGGUAACUUUCCAUAGCCACAAGAAGAAAAGCAGCUGGAGGCAUCUCUUGACGCCAUCAUCAGUCGAGUGGCUGAUUUGAAAAGCUCUUUAGCAGCUUUCAUCCUCAAAUUAGAGAAUGAAUUUGAACGAAUGAACUGGCCUUCAGUAUUGGAUAACUUUGCCCUGGUGUCUGGCCAGCUGAACACUUUGAAUAAGCUCCUGAAAAAUGAAAAAACACCACUGUUAAGAAAUCAAGUCAUCAUUCCAUUGCUGCUUUCUCCUGACCGUGAUGAUGAACUAAUGAAAUUAACAGAGGGUCGAGUUCCUGUUUUCAGUCAUGAGGUAGUGCCUGAUCAUCUCCGGACCAAACCAGACCCAGAAGUAGAAGAACAGGAGAAACAAUUGAGUGCAGAGGCAGCACGCUUGGCUCCUGAUGUAGCUCAGAAACACAUCCAGUCAUUGAACAAAAUGUGUGGCAACUUACUUGACAAACUUAACAGCACUCGGGAAGAACGGGAGUCUGAAAGUGGAGCUUCCCGUCAGAAUAAACAGACCUUUAACCCAGCAGAUACUAAUGCUUUAUUGGCAGCUAUUGGAUUUGGGAAAGGAUUGUCCAAACCAAUUAGACCAACUCCCCAAGGUGGUCCAGUAUCAUCAGGUCAGCCUGUGGCAGGUGCUGGUCUCCAGGGUGGUCCAAGUAUAGCACAGGUGUCCAUACAAAGUGGGCCCAACCAACAGGGAAUGCAAGGCCAGGUUCCACCACAGCAAGGUCAGCCAGGUAAGAUGCCAAGCACCAUAAAAACCAACAUCAAGUCUGCAUCAAUGCAUCCGUAUCAAAGAUGAACACUGAAAUUUAACAUGACAAAGGCUGUCGAGUAGUUACAAUUGAAUAUCUGCAAAUCUCAACAAGGAAACCUAAGUCACGUGCAAUAAGAGUUAGUCCACAAAGUACAGAACCAACUUUAAAAAGGGAUGUUGUCGUAAAUUGAUUAUUUUGUCGUGCAUGGAACAGCCAGCAGUCAAAAUGUUGUUUUGUUGGCUGAUCAAGAAGCCUGUGCUCAGAGAAUCUGCAGUACUAGGUGUUUUUUUUUCUGAACUUGGUGAAAUUGUACACUUCAAUGGAAGUGAUUUAAUGAUCUUGCAUGUAAAACAAACAUUUGCCUGUCAUUUCUGAACCUCAACAAGGUUCAUACAAGGGAUAGUCCAGUAAUCACUAAAUCUGCUCCUACUGGUGUUCUGCAGGUAGGUAAAUUGUGCAAUUAAAAAUGAUAAUUUUUUAAUCAUU